AUGGCUGCAUCUAUUAAAAUUGACCAACUGACUGGUGAUAAUUACGAUACUUGGAAGAUACAUAUGCGAGCUAUUCUGAAAAAGAAUGAUUUAUGGGAAUAUGUAUCGGGUGCCAUCUUAAAACCUCCACCGAGUGACCCCAAGUAUACAGAAUGGCUUAAAAUGGACGGCAAAGCGGAAUCAGAUAUUUUAUUAGCGGUCAGUUCGAGCGAGUUGGCUGCAUUGGACGGUUUAGAAAGUUCUCGAGCUAUUUGGGAUAAAUUGAAAUCCAUGUAUCAGUCAAGCGGGCCGGCGAGAAAAGCAUCAUUGUUGAAGAAACUGGUGUUAACGCGAAUGAAAGAAGAUGAUGACCUUAAGAAGCAUAUCGCAGAUUUUUUCGAGGCUGUCAAGAAGCUGAGAGAAAUCGGUUUGAUAGUUAUAGACGAACUUUUAGCCAUUUUAUUAUUAUACAGUUUGCCAGAUUCGUUUGCUAUGUUCCGGACGGCAAUAGAAUCACGCGACGAUUUACCCUCAACUGAAUCGUUAAAGGUGAAAAUUAUUGAAGACUUCGAAGGUCGUAAAUCCCAAACGGUAGACCAGGGUGCUAUGUUCGUCAAACGUAUUAACAAAAACACUCAUCUGAAGAAGAAUUGUGAUAACCAUGGCCGUAAAGCGUAUGUUGAAUGCUAUAGGUGUGGUCGGCGUGGACAUAUCGCGAGAGAUUGCAAGGUCAAAUAUACGGGCAAGCAUAAGAAGAGUGCACAGCAAGUAGAACGCGAUGGCGAUAAUGAGCGUAAGACAACGAUGUUAUUGAGUACUACAGAAGAUGUAUUACUUGGUGAGCAAAUAAAUCCUAUUUGGUGCAUUGAUAGCGGUUGCACGGGUCAUAUGUGCAAUGAAAAACAAAUGAUCGAGGAUUUUACACAAUUAAACUCUGAAUUGAAUUUGGCUAAUAGUGAGAGAACGCAAAUAACCGGCACGGGUAAAGUGAGCAUUUCAGUAGAUACGGGCAGUGAAGAACGCCAAAUUAAUUUACAAAAAGUAUUCUACGUAUCGGAUUUACGAACCAAUUUAUUAUCAGUAGCGAAAAUGACAGAUCGCAGGUACGAGGUUCAUUUUAAGAAAAAUAAUGCAACUGUAUGUGACGAAAAUGGAAAGAUUCAUUUGCGUGCAGAUCGUGUUGGGAAUUUAUAUCAUGUGCGUAUGAGUCAGAAUACUGCGAGUAACGUUGAAAAUAAGAAAAAAUCUAUAGAUAUUUGGCAUCAACGUCUUGGACAUCUCAAUGAGCGUGACUUGAAGGCUAUGUCGAAAAGUGGUCUAGUAUAUGGCUUAACAUUUAAUGAUCAUGAAAAAUUGUCUGAAUGUGAUAUAUGUGCAAGUGAAAAACUGGCAUGUGUCCCUUUUCCAAAGUCAAGCGGACAGCGUGCCACCGAGUUAUUAGAAAUCGUGCAUAGCGACGUUUGUGGUCCGAUGAAGACUAAGUCUUACGGCGAGAUACUUGAUGAAGAAGAAAGUAUAGAUAGUGAACAAAUGAAUAUAGAAUUGAAUGAGCCUGUUUCAGAUAAUAGUACGAAGAGUGAAGAUCAAAAAAUACUAAGAGUAAAGAGAAAUAGAGUUAGAACUACAAGGUCACUUGAAAGAGUAGACGAAUCAGAUUUUGAUAGAAAUAGAAGACAUGUUGAUAGAAAAAGAAUCGCAACUGUUUCAUGGGAAGAAUUAAUAGAACCCCCUCAAAGAGGAAGAGGAAGGCCUCGCCUAAUCCGUACUGGCAUGGCGGGCAGACCACGAAAAAUUUAUAAUUUAUUUCAAGAAAAUAGCGAUAGAGAGAAUGAAUCUGAAGAUAGAGAAGAACAAUUAAGUGCAGGAAUAGCAACGAUAGAACCAAUGACAUGGGAUGAAAUAGAAAAUAGUGAUGACUUAAAAGCAUGGCAAAUUGCCCUUGAAUAUGAGAUCCUAGCAAAACUAAAAAAUAAAACAUGGGAAAUUGUACCACGACCGAAACAGAGAAAAGUUAUUGGAAGUCGACUUGUUCUUAGUACUAAAAGUACAGGCAAGAAAGUACGUCUUGUCGCAAAAGGAUGUUCCCAACGACCAGGGGAGGAUUUUCAUGAAACUUCGUCGCCUGUAGAAAGGACUUCAUCAAUAAGACUCAUUGCUGCUUUGUCAGCUGAACUAGGACUAGAGAUCCACCAGAUGGACGUUGUAACAGCUUACCUGAAUGGUUCACUUGAAGAAGAGGUUUACAUGGAGGUGCCUGACCAACUCAGCGAUGUAUUACAGAGAGUACUCGCGAAUGAAAAAGUUGGAUCACAGCAAAGAACAGUGACAGAGAAGAAUAUACUGAAGACAGCUAAAAGUUGGAAUGAAGCUUUGAAUGAAUGUGUUAAUAGUGUAUGUUUGUUGAAAAAGUCUCUGUAUGGUUUGCGUCAGUCUGGAUUGCAGUGGCAUAAAGAACUAGUGAGAAAAUUAGUGGAUUGUGGUUUUGAAGGGUUGCAGCAGGAUCCGUGUGUGUUUGUUGCACAAAAGGGUGAGCGAAUCAUGUUAAUUGGUAUAUAUGUAGAUGAUAUUAUUUUAGCGACGGAUGAUAUUAAUUGGAUGUGUGAUAUAAAGAAAAGUUUGUCAUCAGCAUUUGAAAUGAAAGAUAUGGGUAAAAUAAGUAAUUGUUUAGGUAUAGAAUUUAGUCGUGAUAAUGAAAACAGAGUGUAUUUAAAUCAGAAAUUGAAUGUGAAUAAACUAUUAGAGCGGUUUGGUAUGAGUGUAUAA